GGGCUUUGAAUUCUUAGCUUAGCUCAUUCCAGUCUAUUCGUUUGUUUUGUAAACAGCUCGUACGCUUUCACCAGUACAUAAACCAAAAGUACAAAAAAAUUUCGUGUUUAAUCAAUUUUGAAAAUCUUUUCUCAAGGAUUUUUCUUGCCUGAAACAAACUUUAACCUCCCGAAGAUGUGUUGCCAAGGAGCCUGUGGAUCGGUGUCGUAUGCCUUGGCUUAUGGCCCCGUCGGACCCGCUCUGCCAGCCAUGAACUAUAAUAACUGCUGCUGUGGACCCAAUCCCCCCUGUGGUCCCUGGACAUGUCCUCCUAACAGGUGCUGUUGCGCCGGCGAAUGGGGUUGCUUUGGGCCUUUUUACUGAGAAUCUCCAGGUCCGGAGGGACCUGAACAACAAGACGUGCGAUUUUUCUGUACUUUUGGUUUGAACCACGUUUUCCCUUGCACAAUGGUUCGAGCUUUUCAC